AUGGCCCUCAUUUCUGUGUUGGAGGAUGAGGGAUGGAAAAUGAGGGGAAAGAGGAUGAAUCAGGAGCAGGUGGUUGUGCCAGUGUCACAUGGCCAGUUUGUUGACGCACGUGAAUGGCGUUUUACGAUGGUGACAUUGGACGCUGUAGAGGAUUUUACUGGGCAGGCUGUGCAGUCAAGAUGUCAAAUGUUGACAGAGUCAUCAGGAUCACUCACUGAUGGACCAGUUAACUACAAGUACAAGACUAAAUGCACUUGGCUGAUUGAAGGAUACCCAAAUGCUGUGCUCAGGUUAAGCUUCAACCAUUUUGCCACAGAGUGCAGUUGGGAUCACAUGUAUGUCUUUGAUGGAGACUCAAUAUACGCACCUUUGGUAGCUGUGUUUAGUGGCCUGGUUGUCCCAGAAACAAAAGGAAAUGAAACCAUUCCUGAGGUGGUGACCACAUCUGGAUACGCAUUGUUACACUUUUUCAGUGAUGCUGCCUACAAUCUUACAGGAUUCAACAUCUUUUAUUUGAUCAACUCCUGUCCUAAUAACUGUUCAGGUCAUGGAAGGUGUACAACGGGCAACUCCAUCUCCAGCAGUGUUUACUGUGAGUGUGAGCGAUACUGGAAAGGUGAGGCCUGUGAUAUUCCCUACUGUUGGGAUGACUGUGGCAGUCCUGACCGCGGAUACUGUGACCUCACCGGAGAAAAGCUCUGCGUCUGCAAUGAUAGCUGGCAAGGUGAUAUCAGUGCUACGUAA